AUGUCACCUCAAGAUGAAGCAUACACAUGGAAUCCUAAUACUGACUACGCGCGGUGCUUUUUGCACAAAUUGUCUUCAACUGUUAAAGGAGGAUUGGAGGAACUCGGAACACUCCCGGUCAUCGCCGAGGAGGAUGAAGACGAGAGUAGCACAUCGACACCUAUCUUGAUCGAUCUUGAGGAUGACCACCCAGCUCCUGACGAAGUCGAUACUGAUCACGACUCUGAGGGCGAAGAUGAUCUAGAAGUACCUCCUGACUUUAACACAGAAGAUGAUAUUAAUGAGGACCAAGUGGAGAGUUUAGCCGAUACUCUGCCUGAUAAUUCUGUGGCUAGCGAAUCGAAUGAAUGGUUUGAUCAGUAA